ACAAUGUCCACCAGCGAGCGUUUCGACUGCCAUUACUGCAAAGACUCCCUGCUGGGGAAGAAGUACAUAAUGAAAGAAGACACUCAGUACUGCACUAAGUGCUAUGAGAACCUGUUUGCCAACUGCUGUGAGGGCUGCUCUUUACCAAUUGGCUGUAACUGCAAGGACUUGUCCUACAAAGAUCGCCACUGGCACGAGCAGUGUUUCAAGUGUGCAAAGUGCAGCCGCUCUCUGGUGGAAAAGGCAUUUGCCGCCAAGGAUGACUUGUUGCUCUGCACUGAAUGCUAUGCCAAUGAUUAUUCCUCCAAGUGCACCACCUGCAAGAAAACCAUCAUGCCAGGUUCCCGCAAAAUGGAAUACAAGGGGAACAGCUGGCAUGAGACCUGUUUUCUGUGCCACCGCUGCCAGCAGCCAAUGGGAACCAAGUCCUUCAUCCCAAAAGACACUGGCUACUUCUGCGUGGCCUGCUUCGAGAAGCAGUUUGCCUACCAGUGCUGUGCUUGUAAGAAGGCCAUCACAACAGGUGGGGUGACCUACCAGGACAAGCCCUGGCACCGUGAGUGUUUCUUAUGCAUUGGGUGCAGAAAGCAGCUUUCGGGUCAACGCUUCACCUCCAGGGAAAACUACCCUUACUGCCUCGAAUGCUUCAGCAACCUGUAUGCAAAGAAGUGCGUGGGCUGCACCAAGCCCAUCACCAGUCUGGCAGGGGCCAAGUACAUCUCUUUUGAGGAGCGCCAAUGGCACAGCGAGUGUUUCACCUGCACUCAGUGCUUUGUGUCGCUAGUUGGACGUGGCUUCCUCACCCAGCGCGACAACAUCCUGUGCACCGACUGCGGCAGGGAGAAGUGACCUUUCCUUGAAGGUGUCACAGUAACCACAAGAGCUCAUAUACUGAUACAGAU